UCACCACUAGCUCCAAGAACAACAACAAUGUCGGAACAAGAACCGGCAACAAAUAGGGGUGAGGAUUGUUUAAAAGUUUCAAAAAUCAUUGCGGAAUGUUGGAUAUUUUGCAUAAUUUUGUGUUUUUUUUUGGUUGGAUUUUUUCUUCAGUGGAAGGACCAGUGAGCAGCACAUCUCCUCCUCCUCCUCCACCACCAGAGUCAAUGUCGCCCCCACAAUUAUCAACAACUUCACCACCACCAAAUACCAUGUCGUCGUCGUCUUCGUCGUCGGAUGAGGAUGAUGAACAAGAAGGAAGUAGUGAUGAUGAACCAGAGAAUCCCGACUCUCCAUCAUCAACAUCGGCACGACCGUCUGCGUCUUCUCCGAAACCGUGCUCGUCACGUCAAGCUAAAAUCCUCCUUACGAAGGAGAAGAAGAAGGAGGACGAGAAAAAGAAAAGGGAGAAAAAGAAGGAGAACGAGAACAAGAAAAAAAACAAGAACAAGAACAAUAAGAAGAACACUGUCACGAGAAAGAAGAGAAGGAAGAAACUCGUGAUCCCCGAUCAUGUGUAUCAUCCGGAUUACGUCGAGACCAACAGCAAGAGGAGGGCCAUGGUGGACCUGAUAAAUCAGAUUUACGACGAAAACAAAACAGAGUACGAUCAGGAGGACAUUAACCAACUGCUCGAUCCCCUUCCCAAAAUCAAGCUGCGACAGGGAUUCUACGGACCAUACCACGGCACCAUCGACCAAGAGCAAUACGAAUUUAAGCGUCGCAAAAUCACGGGAAAAGUCCUCCCUUCGACAAAGAGUGGAAGGUUCAAGGAGGAAAUCCGCCAACACCCCGAAGUACUCAAGUCCACCCGAUUCAAGAGCGCUGCCGUAAGGAGGGAGGAAUUUCUUCAGACGGUCCCGGAGCGGGACAGUGAUGAACCGGUAAAACUACCAAAGUACAAUGGCCGGUACUUGAUCACCCCCUCUAUGCGCCGCUCUCGGCCAGACUAUGAGGAGGAAGAACCGAGUAAUGACAACAACUACGACCUCGAGGAACCGGACAUGGAUAUUGCACACCAGUUGUCACCACUACACCAACGUGACGACGCUGACAAAGAAGCCGGUAACCAGAUCGCACCUGCUCCUACUCCACCGCCAAACAACAAAGAAGAAUUGUCAGGCUACCUAAAGUAUUGUGGAAGGAAUCCAUCAAGCGCCAUAGGCUCAGCGUCCUCGUCUUUGUGUGCAGCUCGUUUUGAGUCCUCCUGUGAACGAGACUUUACGAUCCAGUUCGAAGGUCGACAGGACUCGUUGAAGGUGCACUCGAAAUGAGGUUGAAAGAUUCUUCAAAAUUGCGAGCGCUGAUGAAGGAGAAAGCGGUCUACAAUGCCGUCACACUGACAGAAGAUCCCGUGGCUUUUAAACGUCUGGUGGAGUAUCUUCACACCGAAGACUUUGCUGACAAAUCGACCUACACGAACAACGAAAUUGUCACUAUUCUCAAACUGGGACAUCGCCAUUGUCCCCAAAAAGUAAGCGAUGAUAUGAGAAUGAAGCUUUUAGACAGAGGUCUCCGGCUGACAAAUGCAUAUCAAAUGCUCAACAAUGCCAACCAGUUUGGAUUAUCUGCAUUGAAAGACAUGGCGACGGCUUACAUUGACGGAGUAAACCGAAACGCGGAGAUGUAUCUGAAAAGUGAAGACUUUUUGGAAUUGGAGGAAAAUUGUUUAGUAAACUUGCUACAAUCGGACGACCUCGCUUGCCCAGAGAUCAAAUUGUUUGAGGCGAUUAUAAGGU